AUGCAACCGCCGUGCGUCUACCUGCCGAUAAGCAUCCAACCUCGAGGCAACGCCAAGAGAGGGCUGAAGGCUGGUAUGGUUGCAAGGAUUGCUGAACUGGAGGAGGCAUUGAGCCUUGUGGCUAGCACGAGGAAGGAUGAUGUGCUGCCUGUCUCAUAUCCCGAUCAAUCGCAAAGCACCCGAGCUUCGGAUCUUCAAAUCGAGCCCAGACUGAGUCACCUGCAGCAUGAACAGCAGGACGCGUCUAAGGACCAUAGCCACCAACCUGAUAUCCUCUUCCAGGAAGGUGCAGCAAGUCGUUAUUUUAGUGAUGAUAUUUUAUCAAGAGUCGUCAAUGACGAGCGCAAUCACGCCCGCACUACAUUGACAACAUCGCCUGUCAAGAUGUGCCCUCUGUCUAUUGAGAGCUCUUCGCCCUUCAACCCCCUAGGGAUACUGUCUGUGCCCGGCAUGCUUCAUCCUCCACACGGUCUUCAUCCGACCAAGAGUGCAGCAGCCGUCCUAUGGAGACAAUACGUCGAAGUUGUGGAGGAAUGUGCAAGCUGCAAGAUACUUCAUGUUCCCACGGAUGAGCUCAUCGUUUUUAGCACCAUCGAAGAUCCUUCGUCGGCUUCAGCCGAGAACCUUGCACUGUGCUUCGCUAUAUACUUCGCCUCGUGCGCUUCUCUGGAAGAUCGAGAAGUAGAAAAGAUAUUGCAUCAAGACGGACUCCAAGGCGCACUAGCUCUGAAGCACGGCUUUGAGCAAGCCUUAGCUCACUCGAAUUUCCUAGAUAUGCCCUCAGAUACAACUAUCAAAGCACUGACAAUUUACAUUGGUGCACUGAAUAUCCAACAUCGAGGCAAAGGGACUUGGGUUCUCAACGGUCUCACCAUACGUGCCGCUCGCUCGCUCGGGUUUCAUGUCGAUGGUAGACGUCUGGGAAUGUCACCUUUCCGUGCCGAAAUUCGACGCAGGAUAUGGUGGUGCCUCAAUGUCUUUGAAAGACGCGCCCAUGAAGACCACGGUUUGCCGGGCACAAGUGAUAGCGUCCAAUCUCCUUCCGUUAACCUGCCACUAAAUGUUAAUGACUACGAUUUGCAUCCAGACAUGGAUAGCCUGCCACAGCCACGUGAGGGGUGGACGAGCAUGACACCCACGCUUAUCAAUAUUGAAGCCUUCACUGCUAUCAGAGAGUGUACAGCCCAGUCAUCGGCGGAAAGUUCUCGGGAAGAUAUCCGGCAGCAGAUCAUGGCGCGUGGCAGAGAUUUCGUCAACAAAUACAUCCAGCACGCCAAGCUCGUCGUGCCCCGUCAGCGCCAUAUGAUCCUUGUCUCGCGGUUUGUGCUGCGCAAGCUCGACUUCGAUUCGCGGUUGAAAUGGCAGAUUCGAAGAUCUGAGACGUCACCAGACCAAUUUAUAACGGAGCAGAACAUGGCCGAGGCACUUGAAGUCAUGGAUCUCGCUCGUUCCCUACAUACUCAUGAGUUGCUAAAGAAGUACGCCUUUUCGUCCAGGGCAUAUACUCAAUACAACAUCAAGCUCUAUAUACUAUAUCAUCUCUUCAUCAGGCCGCUUAGUCCAAAUGCUGAGCGCGCUUGGAAACUCAUCGACGAUCAGGUGGCUCCUUGGAGUGGUUUCGAUGCGGAGAUCGUGGGCCCCAAAGCUGAGUUUCUUCAAACACUAGUCACCAGAGCUAAAGAACUCAGGGUCAGGGCUUUGGCAGAGCAGGCGGCGAGUUUGGGAGAUAAACAGCCCGUGACUGUCACCGACAAUUAUGAACUUGCGAACAGUCAUCUAGGUGAUGUGGGCGCAGACGAUAGCUGGUCGGGGCACCUAACUUUGCCAUCAAUCAUCCAGGGAGAAUUUCUCGACGACACUAUGUUACAACAGCUGGACUGGGCAGCGGUAAAUUCCAAUUGGCAGAACAGUACUUCAGAGCGUUUGUAG